ACGUUCUUAGUCUUUUGCCACACGAAAAUAAAGACGGACCAUUACAGACAAAAUCAGUGUGGUAAAACGGUAAAUUGGUUAAAUCAAUUUCGGAUCAAACUGUUGGAGAAACGAAUUUUCGGAGCAGUCCCUGAAGGCAGCAUCGUGAAGACCAACGGUUUUGCAGUUUCUCUGUUUAAAUCAAGUUUAAAAGCAUGUCUGUGAGUAAUAAUUUGCCAGAAAUAAAACUUAAAAAACGAAAAAUUCAGAUGUAAAGAAAAACAGGGAACCAUGGUGGAUAAAACCAGUUUGAUACCUCAGGAGAGGUCGUUAUUGUUGGUUCAAAUUCGGUAUUUGGAGGACGAGUUGGAGAGAUACGAGCUCACAUAUGAAGAGCUGGAGAAGCAGAAUAAGGAGCUCCUCUCACAUUACAACAAGCUGGAGAAUGAAAAGAAAGUCAAGACUGAGCAUUUGAAACGCCUUGUGGCUGCAAAAGAGAAAAAGGUGAAGGAGUUGCGUGAACAACUGAUGACUCAGCAUCUGACGGCCAAACUGGACAGAAAAUCCCUGCAACAGGAACACAGCCGGAUGAAGCAGGAGCUUCAGGAACAGAUAAAUGAGCUUCAGGCAAAGUUAGGGAAGCAGGCUGUGGCGUUGGAGCAGAACGAGAAGCAUAUCAUGGAGCUGAAGCAGCAGGUGCUUGAGCGAGGAUCUGAAGAGUUGGAGCUUUCCAAGAAGAAAACAGAGCAUGAAGCUAUUAUUCACAGCCUAAAGAGGAAUGCAGAGCUGGACAGUGAAAAGUUAAUCCAGUAUUUUCAGGAUUAUAAGGAGUAUACCGAGAACACUGAAGCUGAAAUACUUCUUGCAAAUGGGAGGGCGUGCCACAGGAAGCAGCUUUCAUUUGAGUCGUUUCUGCGGAACGAGGAAUCGAUUCUGAAGGAGAAGAUUGGUGACCUGCAGCGCCGACAGGGUCAGCUACGAUCCACCGGUCAGGGCCUCAUGAGAAAGAUUAUCAGUCUGAGACCAGUCCAAAACCUCAACGAGAAGGAUGUGAAUCUUCUUAAGAAGACAUUCCAGGAACUGAAAGAGGAGCAAGAUGAAUGGAUGAACAAGCAGGAAGUCACUCUGACUGAGAAUGAAGCUCUCAGCCAGGAAAUCAGCAGAGUGUCUAAGAAGUACCACCAGAAAGAGGCCAACAUACAACAGCUGGAGGAGGAGUUAGAGAGGGAGACCAACAGGAGGAGACACCUGGAGGAAGUGAAGGAGGAAGCAGUUAUCAUUCUUAGACACAUACUGAUGUGUCCAGAGGAUCUGCCUGAGGCUCAGUGGAAGAUCUGGAGGUUGGUGGAGAUCCUGAACACAGCAGCACCACAGCGAACAGGGCUGACCUCCAACAACUCCUGCAGGAAGGCCAGCAGAGGGCAGAAACUGCAUUCCUCUAAUCCAGAAUCCCUAAUCCAUCAUCUGUAGCAGAAAUGAGAAGCCGUCUGGUGCUGUCGACCCGUCUGACCCAACUCCCCUGCAGUCUAAUUCAUUGAUUGGAACCAAAUCCAUCGGGCCGUAAGGAAGAGCUUUUUAACGAGUCACAGAAUCCCAAUAAAUAUUUCAAGCACUG